GGGAGAGAUGGCUUGGGAAAUGGCGCCGAUCAACUUUACCCCACUUGUAUGAACCCGGUGUAUACUCCUGGCGAGGCUUAGGACAUAUCGGACGCAGUGCCAUAUGCAUCAUGGGUUUACGUACACCCGGGUGCACAGUUCCUAGGAAUCCUCUCUCGGAAAUGUGGCGCGAAACUGAGUCGGCGGUUAGGGCUUAGACUUUGGCAAUUCCCCGGGGGCCGGAACUCGAUUAACCGCAGAAGAAGAAGAAGAAGAAGAAGCAGAAGAAGAGAUUUUAGUGUUCUGUCGAUCCUACCGUGGAGGAAAUGGCUUCUUCUCCGCCCCCUGCGAAGCGAAGCCGGAAGAACCAGCCCAAAGAGGACGACGGUGACACGUUGGCCCCGAUUCCUCUGCCGGAGAGAUCAUCACCCGUGGUGGUCUUCGCUCACGGCGCCGGUGCUCCUUCAUCUUCCGAUUGGAUGAUCAGGUGGAAGGAGAUGUUGGGAAAGGCCCUAAAUGCUGUUGAAGUUGUUACUUUUGACUACCCCUAUAUCUCUGGAGGAAAACGAAAAGCUCCUCCCAAGGCUGAAAAAUUGGUGGAGUUUCACUCUGAGGUUGUUAAAAAGGCGAUCGCUAAGCAUCCCAGUCACCCCUUAAUUUUAGCGGGGAAAUCCAUGGGUUCAAGGGUCAGCUGCAUGGUGGCUGGUGAGGAUGAUAUUGAUGUGUCUGCAUUAAUUUGCUUGGGAUAUCCUCUAAAGGGCAUGAAUGGAUCGAUUAGAGAUGAGUUACUUUUGCAACUCAAAGUCCCAGUAAUCUUUGUGCAGGGUAGCAAAGAUGCUCUCUGCCCACUCGAUAAAUUGGAGGCUGUUCGGAAGAAGAUGAAGGCCUUCAGUGAGUUGCAAGUGAUUGAUGGGGGUGACCACUCUUUUAAGAUUGGAAAGAAGCAUCUUCAAACCACAGGUUCAACACAAGAAGAAGCUGAAGAACUAGCUGUUCAGGCCAUUGGAGAUUUUGUUUUCAAGGCAGUACAAGGGAAAUACUAACUCUCAGGAAGAAGAUUUCAAUGGUCAGUAUCAGGUUUCUGGAGCUGACUGUAGGCCAUUUGAAAAAGCGCCUCGAUGGGCCUUCAAGAGUCCUGUAGAGGAUUUGUUUUGGGCUACCUCUUUGAGCUCAGUGCACUGAAGCGUCUCGUGGAGCUGCUAUAUAUAGUGAUCACAUAAGUGGUUCCAUAUAUCCCUUUAAUUGUUGUGGUUGUGCACUUAGAUAUGCUUUAGCAUGAUGGGCAAAACAGCACUGAGAACCUAUUCUGUUUUGUGGGGGAAAAAGCAUGGCUCUGCUUUUUUUUUUUUUUUUUUUUUUUUUUAUCUUGAGAGUAUCUUUCCAUGCCUAUUAUUGUAGAAUUGGUUUCUUUAAUUGGUAACGACUAUGUAUAUAUCGUCUAAAGCUUGCCCCUUGCAUUGA